GAAAACAAAAUAUUCUUUUUUUUUCUUUACUCUUCCCAAGCAUUUCUUUAAAAGGAAUAUAAUAGUUAUCCUUUAAUUUUCUAAACAUGAGCUGCUGUUAUUGCGAUGACUAUUCUGUAGAUUCCGACAUUGUACAUUUGGAUCAUAGAAGACAAGUAGAAAUGUUUUUAAGUGCUUACAAGUUGACACAAUACUAUGAUACCUUUAUCAACGAAGGCUUUGAUAGGCUAUUAUGUCUGCUUGAUAUUACAGAAUCUGAUCUCAUUUCACUCAAUGUCAAGAGAGGACAUAGACGAUUACUGCAAAGGGCUAUUGCAACUGCCAAAGGAAUACCUCUGUCUACACCUAUUGUGAUAAACUAUGGGCAUCAUUAUUACACUGAUUGGCCACAUACACCAAAUACAUACAACAUUAUACCACUUUACCAAGCAUUAAAAUGCAAUUGUACAUCAAGGCCAAUUACACCUUGUGACAAAUUUAUAAAAGUAAAGACUGCAUCUUUGAAUGGGGAAUUAGAAGAGGAUUUUUAUGAAUACGCAAUGGAGAGAUGGGAUUAGUUAAUAACAACAGAAAAGGAAGAAAAUAAAUAGAGUAAAUCAAAAUGACUCUAUCCCUCUGGAACUUUCUUUCUCUGUCUCUCUCUGCCUCUGUCUCUGUCUCUGUCUCCCUACCUCUUUUCUUCCCUCCUUUCUUUAACCUCCUGUUCUGUUGGGUUGCUAAUCUGGGGAAAAACAGUUUACAUAUUAAUGUCCAUAUCACUUGAAUCAGU